UCGUCCGGCAUAUGAAGAGAGCGCGAGGGAGCGCGGCGGCCAAGAAUAGCCAGGAGCACGCGAGUCUAAACCGUUCGGUAAAUGAGUGCCUAGCGCAGAGAGGAGGUGUGUGUGUAUGGUGUGCGUGUGCGUGUGUGUGUUCGACUGAAAGCGACCGUGCACGACCGCUCCCUCCGGGUAACCCGUCCAGGCGAGAGAGAGACUCCGGGCGCAAGAUCGGCAACAACACUCGGACGGGAAGACGGCUCCGGGCGCGAGCCCUCCGCUCUCUUUCAUAUAUGGAGCAAAAUCGUGGGAAACGCCUGUUUCACGUGCCGUGUCGCGCGGAGUGAAGCGCGAGUGCGUGUGUGUGCGUGCGUGUGCGUGUUGUUCACGUAGCGCAGUCGCCGCCGUCGUCGUCGUCGUCGUCGUCGCUGCCGCCGUUGCCGCCACCGCCGUCGGCUCACGAACGGAGCAAAGUGGAAGAAGACACUGGAAGGGCAAGGGAGACAAGGGGAGCGAGAGAAAGAGAGAAAGAGAGAGAGAGAGAGAGAGAGACGAGUAAAACAGACUGCCAGGGAACGGGAACGGCGCUCCGAGAGAGCGAGCGAGAGCAAGUGAAUGAGUGACUGACCGUGUUGCGCGUGUCCGUCGGCUUGCAUGUGUGACGCGCGGCCGUGCGCGUGUGCCAAGUGUGAAAAGAAGGAGCGAUUAUAGGAGUAGUCUGCCGCUUCUCUACCUUGCCCCCUUGAGAAGAGGAGCGUGCGACAGCGAGCGAGGGAGCGUGCUUUUUUUUUCCUCGUCGCCUGUCGCCACCACCGCCGUCGUCGCCGCCGUCGCCGUCGUCGUCGUCGUCGUCGUCGUCGUCGUCAUCGCCGUCGUCGUCGUCGUCGUCGUCGUCGUCGUCGUCGUCGUCGUCGUCGUCGUCGUCGUCGUCGUCGCCGUCAGGGCAAUGUCUCUCGAGACACGUUCGAGCUCGGCCCUGUUCAAGCGAGCUGAACAGCUCAAACGUUGGGAGCAGUCCGAGACGAACCGUGAGCCCACGCAGCCGCGUCAGGUCGCGCGCAAGAUCAAAUUCUCCUCCGACAUCGUUUUCCUGGCGGCGUGCGCGGCCAGCGACAAGGAGGAAGUCGUGCGUUUGCUACAGAAGGGGGCGGACAUAAACACCGGGAACGUCGAUGGGCUCACCGCGCUGCACCAGGCUUGUAUUGACGAUGACUUGGAUAUGGUGGAGUUUUUGGUGGAACAAGGGGCGGAUAUCAAUCGUGGAGAUAAUGAAGGCUGGACACCCUUACAUGCCACAGCAUCUUGCGGAUUCAUAUCUAUUGCAAAAUACUUAAUAGAGCAAGGAUGUAAUCUGGCGGCAGUGAACAAUGAUGGUGAACUGGCGCUGGAUAUCGCAGAAAGCGACGAGAUGGAAGACAUGCUCCAACAGCAUAUAAAUAAAGCAGGCAUUGAUUGCGAUCAGGCCAGAAGCGAAGAAGAACGGUCGAUGCUGAAUGAUGCAAUAGCUUGGCGAUCAGGUGCGCCAGGCAAAGAUUCCAUGCAUCCAAGAUCAGGAGCCACUGCACUCCAUGUUGCCGCUGCCAAAGGCUACAUCAAAGUCAUGCACAUAUUGCUACAAGCUCGAUGCAAUGUUGAUGCACAGGACUUUGACGGAUGGACGCCUUUGCACGGUGCAGCGCAUUGGGGUCAAUUGGAAGCUUGCAAACUUCUUGUUGAGAACGGCUGUGAUAUGGAUAUAAAAAAUUACGCCGAUCAAACUGCUUUCGAUAUUGCUGAUGCAGAUAUCCUCAAAUCGCUUGAAAAUUUAAGAGAACAACAAGCACUUAUCGUAAAAGAAAAUCCACAAACAAAUAAUAAAAAGCAAUCGUCUAUACCAAAGAAACGUGUUUCAACGAAUGUUGAUAGUGCAGUAGCGGCACAAGAAACUACAGAAAUCUUUGAAGAAGAAACGCCAAAUAAAGUAAAAAAGGUUGAAUUAGAGAUUCAAUCUGAUAAAGAAGAUUCCAGCACUAGUACAAACAGCGACGUUGAAGCAACACGUGAAACACACAUGGAAGAGAGUGAUGGUGAAGGUGAAUCUGAGACUAGCUCAGAAUCACACUCUUCCACUUUCUCCAAUCAAUCUGAUAAGUCUAACCACGCGACAUGUCUUACAGAUGACGAAAAGAAAAAUAGAGUAAACAAAGAUGAAAAUGCACCCCAUAGUCCAAUCUCUCCAGUCGAAACCAAUAAAGUUCCUAAUCAGGCUCCAAUAUUGCCUCCAAAACAACAGACUGAUAAUAACGAGGACAGUGUUGUACCAUCUUGGAGACGUUCAGGUUCCUUUCGAAAUAGAAUGCAAAGUACUGAAACUACUAAUUCUGCAUCUACAAAACUUGAAGAUAAAGAUAACAAUAUUAAGAUAUCAACAACACCAAACAAAGUCAGUGGAGAACCCGAUGUAGUAUUAAGAAGAACGCAUAGUUUCGAGACGGAUGAGAAGUUUUAUGAGCAGUAUUUGGCAUUACGUGCCCGCAUCAAGGCGUUCUCGUGCCCUACCCUCCAUCGCUGCAAUGCAGCUACUCCUACUCACACCAAUGCUACGACUCGCUCUGCAUCUCUACGCGAAACACACAGAAAAAAAGACGUGAAAUUAAAUUUGGAAUUAUCAAGACUGCCACAAGGAAGCAAUACACUUUCACCAACAUCUGCAUCUAAAACAUUGGCAUCGAGUCUAUUGUCAUCCAUUACAACAACUACCACUGCCACCACAACAACAAGUCCUAUUCCAGUCAAUCAAAUUCGCAGCGUUCAACCAGUGGAAGCUGCAUCUACAGUUGUAUCGAAUACAAAUAAUGCAGUAACAACUGCUCCUGGAACUCCCACUACACCAGGAGGGAGCAAGCUAAGUCCAGGAAAUAUCUUCAAGAAUUUCUUCAAAUCUUUCGUUCCGCCGGUACGCGAUGAAGAAAGCGAAACUCAAAGGAAGGCCCAUGCAAAGAGAGUAAGAGAAACCAGAAGAUCUACACAAGGCGUGACAUUGGAUGAAAUUAAGAGCGCGGAGCAAUUAGUGAAGAAGAAGCAACAGAACAACGAAUCACCGACAUCAACACCGUCCACGCAGCCUACUACUACCGUCAGCAAUACAGCUUCGAUCACAGCUACGAUAACAACAGCGACUUCUACUACCGUGACUACUCCAAAUAAAGUUUCCGAAGAAUGUAAUUUACCUGAAAGACGACCGUCUUGGAGAUUAAGGGUAGACAAUGGAAGCAAGUUUCAGUUAGAAGAUGCUAAUAAUAAACCUACUGAUAACACAAACACGACCUACAUGAGAAGACCGUCUGGUGGAACUGGUGUACCUAGACCGUCUUCAGCACCAGUGGAGACUAUUGCUACUGGUAGUACAGAAACCACAAUUACUUUACCCCUUAGGAGAUCGUUAAAGCAACCUGAUGACAAAGAACAAGAUAAGGAAAAUGAUAGUAGAAACGCACAAGCUACACAAGCAGUUAUUCAAAGGAGACGUCGGCCUAAGAGAAGAUCGACAGGCGUAGUUCAUGUGGAUAUGGAUGAAAUUGAUCCAGAAAAGCAAGAUAUAACUGCUGGUGGUGAUUGCGAUGAUUCUAAGAUUAAUCACAACGAAAGCGGAAACGAUCGUUCUGAGAGAUCCACUAGAUUAGGUUCGAUAUCUUCGCUAUCAUCAGAGACCUCGUCAACACCAAUCAGAUUAAAAUCCAAUAGUUCCGAAAACGGCGAAUUAGAUUAUAAGAAAUUAUACGAGGAAUCUCAGGUCGAAAACGAAAGGUUAAAGGACAAAUUAAAGCGCUCCGACGAGCAAUUAAAAGAAGUCAGGCAUUUACUGGAAAAAACACAAAUUAAUCAAAACAAAGUAAUUCUCUCCGAGGCGGAGAAAAGAGAAAGGCGAGCCAUGGAAAGAAAGCUUUCGGAGAUGGAAGAAGAAUUAAAGCAAUUGCAAAAGCUCAAAGCUGAAAAUGAGAGAUUGAAAGCCGAAAAUCGGGCACUUACCCGCGUCGUAUCCAAACUCACCAAUACUAAAUAGGUGAUGGACCAACUAAAAUGCGAAAAUCAGAGGCUAAAAGAUGAAAAUGGUGCCUUGAUCAGAGUAAUCAGCAAAUUGUCCAAAUAAAUCUUGUAGUCUCAGCUACACAUCGUAAUGAAAUUUUACGUUGUAUUACAACUAUAAUUGAAUGAAUUGCUUAACAGCAGCAUCAUCAUUAUCGCUAAUAUUCUUAUAAAUGUGCAUCAUGCUAUCGAUAAAUUUAUUUCUUAUAUCGAUAACUUUUUUGUAGUAAUUUAACUUAUUCCAGUUAUGAGAUCAAUUAAUCGCAUGGCUGUGCCAAAGGCAAAAAGAAAUGUUACUCCUAUCUUAGACUGUGAAUACUUGAUCGUAAAAGACUUAGAGGAAUUUUACUUUGUGGAAUUAUUUUUUAACAUUAUAGAAGAAUGAAUUUUAUAAUCCAAUAUAUAAAAAAUCAAUUUAAUGGUUUAUAGUAAAAAAAAGGAGUCAGGUUUAUUUUAUUUGACUAUUAUAUAGGAAGAGAAAAAAGAACUGUUGAUCUUUACAGUUUUCUUUUUUAACAAAUCACGUUAUUGAUGUUGAUUCUUUAUAAGGACAUUUUGUAAAUAUGGAUAAAGACAGUGGUGAUGUGGCAUUUUAGUAAUUUGAAAAAAGAAUUUUUACCCACGAAGUAUGUUUUUGAAAUAUUGCAUACAAGCUAAUCCAUGGUAUAUCGAGUAAAUAAGUCUACAUUACCGAAGCAAUAAGCGAUAUAUCUGUUACUUUUAACUAAAUUACGCAGGUGAUAAAGGAGUCAAAGAACAUGACCUUGCUACUCAAGUGGCCUUUCUCUGAAGACUGCAAUUUGUAAAUCCUUCCAUCAUUGCCAUUUUUGCAGUAUAGACGGAAAUUUGAUGCAUAUAUACGGGAGUAAAUGUUUUUAAUUACUCUGUAAUAUAUAAUACAUUUUCUUAUAUAAUGUCACAGAUAUGUAAAAUAUACUUUAGACGUCGGGAUUUUCAUCUCCUUAAAGUGCUAAAAUUACUGAUGUAUUAGAGCUGCAACUUCAGUUCGAACUGUUGAUGUAGAAUCUGUGUUAUUAUUUUUAACUAUCUGUCUGAUAUAAAAUGCUGUUACCUAUUAUUAUUUUCUUAUAGCAAUAAUGUCCAACACGCGCUCUGGAUAAAGACGAAUUUAUAAAUAUUGGAUAAUGUGGAAUGUGUAAUUGACAGUUGGCAUGUUUUUUAAUGAUAUUAUUGCAAACAAUUGUAAAAAAAAAUGACUCAAUGUAGUUAUUUCGUAAUGAAGUUUAUUAGAAAAUAAUAUUUGUGUAAAUAUUUUAAUACAUAAACUUACUUGUAA